AAAAAGCACUGUACAUUGUAUAUGUGAAUUAAAACUAAUUAUUAAAAACACAGUGCGACACGUAAGACGUGAGACGUGAGAUUAUACAUAUGUAGCGCUGAGUCAGUUUACAAUUUGAUUUACGUAGCGUUAGUCUCGUUGUAAGAUUCUUAUUGAUGGAGUGGAUGCUAGAUUUUGAUCUCGGCAAAUUCUAUUUGUAGUUGACGUGUGAUAUGACGAUAUAAAAUGGCACCCACUAUUCAAACCAACAGCAAUCAAGCCGAUAGAGAUAAACGUACAACUAGACCAGCUGAAAAGAGAUCUGAGCUCAUAUGUCGAGUUAAAUAUUGCAAUACACUACCGGAUAUUCCGUUUGAUCCGAAAUUUAUAACGUAUCCCUUCGAACCGACUAGGUUUAUUCAGUAUAAUCCGACUUCCUUAGAGCGUAAUUAUAAAUAUGAAGUAUUGACGGAACAUGAUUUAGGUGUUGAAAUUGAUUUGAUAAACAAGGACACAUAUGCAGGAGAUAUAAAUGCACAGUUAGAUCCAGCUGAUGAGAAAUUAUUAGAGGAAGAUGUUCUUACACCGCAAGAUUCUAAACGAUCCAGACACCAUGCCAAGAGCGUUUCGUGGCUUAGGCGUACAGAAUAUAUUUCUACAGAAAGCACUAGAUUUCAACCACAAACAGCGGACAAAGUUGAAGCCAAAGUUGGUUAUAGCAUCAAGAAGAAUUUCAAAGAGGAAACACUGUACAUGGACCGUGAUAGUCAAAUAAAAGCUAUAGAGAAGACAUUUGAAGACAAUAAGAAGCCAAUUGAAAGACACUACAGCAAACCGAAUGUAGUACCUGUAGAAGUAUUACCAGUAUAUCCAGAUUUUAAGUUAUGGAAAUAUCCAUGUGCACAAGUCAUAUUUGAUUCUGAUCCUGCACCAACGGGUCGAUCUGUACCAGCGCAGAUUGAAGAAAUGUCACAAGCUAUGAUACGAGGUGUGAUGGACGAAAGCGGCGAGCAGUUUGUAGCUUACUUUUUACCAUUGGAAGAAACGUUGGAGAAACGCCGACGGGACUUUACUGCCGGUAUCGAUUACGCUGACGACGAGGAGUAUGAGUACAAAAUGGCGAGAGAGUAUAAUUGGAAUGUCAAGAGCAAAGCCUCCAAGGGAUACGAGGAAAAUUAUUUCCUUGUGAUAAGACAAGAUGGGGUUUAUUACAACGAAUUGGAGACGCGCGUGCGAUUGAGCAAACGGCGCCAGAAGGUCGGACAGCAGCCGAAUAACACGCGUUUGAUUGUACGUCAUCGACCACUGAACGCCAAUGAAUUUAGAAUGCAGAGAUACCGAGAGAAACAAUUGGAGCCGCCUGGAGAGGAAGACGAGGACGAAGAAGAGGAGGAGGAAGAGGAGGAAGAACAGGAAACUCAACAAGAAGCGGAGAAGAACGACGGCAAAGGUUCUGAAGCGGAGAACGAGGGAGAAUCUCGCGCAUCGUCAAGGGCAUCCUCGCGAGCGUCCAGCAGGAAAUCGCGAUCUAAAUCACGAUCCCGUUCUGGCUCGAGAUCGAAAUCGCGCUCACACUCACGUUCACCGUCCAAAUCCAGAUCACAGUCUCGAUCGCGCUCGCAUUCUCGAUCGCGCUCGCGCUCUCAGUCGCGUUCGCCGUCCAAGUCGCGCAGCAAAUCACGUUCUAAAUCCGGCAGUCCUCAAUCCAGGAAUUCGUCGCGAUCUAGAUCGAAAUCGAGAUCGCGCUCGGGAACGCCUACAAAGUCACCGUCGAGAUCUCGGUCGAGCUCGCGAUCUAAGUCAAGAUCACGAUCAAGAUCGAGAUCUGCCACCGGUAGCGGUAGCGGUUCCGCUAGCGCGAGCGGCGAAAGUGGCUCGGAAAGCGAGUGAAUCAAGAAGCAUGAUCGAUAAUGCUUUCUUAAUUUAUCGAUCAUUUCCAUUCGAAUCUGGGAAUUACUUGGACAGAUUGUAUCAUUUAUAUCGUCGCACAUUAAAAGUGUUCCGCUUGUUUCAGAGAGCAUUACCGCCAAUGUAUAUCAUGCUAAUCAGAUGCUGUUUGAGUACAUUCUGCUGUUGAAUAUAUUCUUUGAACGGCAUGCGUAAUUUUUACGGAAUGUACAAAUACUCGGCGGCACGAUCGAAAAAAAAUUAAUAAAUUUGUAAGAAAAAUA